AUGGCCAAUAGUGGCCGUUUCGUGGAUGAGCUGGCGUCAAACGCGGACGCGUCGCAAAAAUUUUCUGAAAUAGCCGAGGCUGUUGUAGCCAACACUUGCUCUACGAAAACAGGUUCGAAGAAACUGAAGAGCCCCUCGCACACGCGUGUUACAGCGAAGCAGUCUUCACCAUGCAGCACCACACUAGAUUGGUAG